CAGAUGGAAUUCUUUUUGGUUUAAGGUCAACUGCUAUUCUUAGCACAACUUCACUGUACCUUCUCUUUACGGUCAUUCACUUCUUACUACUACUUAUAGGAGCUUUUUGUAAGGUGAAGGUGUUGGUCUAUAGAAAGAAAUCUCUUGUUGUUUCUAUGGUGAUUCUACUCGUACUGCUUGUCAUUUGCAUUUCUUCAUUAUUUGCCUUUGGGAUCAUUUCGUAUGGUACACAAUGCAGUCAGGUUAGGAUGACACUUCACGACAAUAUGCUUGAUACAAUGUUGGUCAUUUCAUGUUUGGGAAUAACCAUUUUGAUUACUAUUUGGAGCUUUAUCGUAUAUGGAGUGUAUAAAAAUCGCAAAUUCACAUUGCGAUCAGAAAAUAGGAACACUGAGCCCAAUCACGAUCUUAAAAGGGACGCCUAUUGCGAAACACAACACAAGAAUGUGCAUCUCCGUCAGGUGGCAGCCAACUCUUCAAGUGAAGUCCCUGGGGUGAAUAUGAGAUCUAGAGAUGGUCGAAAGAAAAGUCAGUAUAAUAUGCUGGAGCGCCCAUUGACAACUAGAUUUUCACAUAGUUGCGAUGUACGGAAUGAUUGUUACUCGACUGUUAAUGAGGAAACAUUAAUUGAGCUGAAGUUAAGAGAUGCCUACGAACACGAAUCAAGAUCCGUGCCAAACCUGACAGAUCCCAGUUACACUCAUAUUGCAAAGAGAAAUUCACAGUCAAUUUCAACUGUACCUGAUGUUGUUUUCAGAAGUAAAAGUGAAAACACGACGGAUGAUUAUGAUGUUCUUAGUCAGCAGAGCAUUAACUUUCAAGAUACAACCAACAGCAGCAGGUUUCACUCCUGUUAUGAAGACAUCAGUGAGGCAUCCAUUGAGCCUCUUGGAGCUGGACUCUACCUACAUCUGCACCAUGGUGAGAAGUCAACGCCAGUGCCCAAUGUGGACGAUCCUACCUACUCACACGUGAAUAUCGAACCUAAAGUAGAAGAGCCGCAAGUGAAACCUAAGAAGUUUUACUUGAAAAAGACUGGACAAUGAACAUAUAGUACAGCUAUAGUGUGUGUGUAUUGGUAUUAAAAUUUUAGUUUCUUAUAAAAAAUUAUUGAGUGUGACUAUAGCUAGCUGAGACCAGUUUCUGGAGUGAUGUAUAUGUGGUGAAUACCCUUA